AUGUCCUGUGGUCAUGCAGUCACCCCAGAGUCUCUGACCGGAUGGUGCCGCAGCCUCCUGGACCAGGUAGACAUACAAACUGACACAGCUGAGAAGUGUGGUGCUGAGUGGACUUACCCAGAGUUACAUAGACUAGCUGUGCUCACCACUGAGGAGAUGGAGCACUUUGAGAAGACCAUGGCUGCCUCAGCCGCUGCCACAUACUGUGAAUACAAAUCAUGCCCUGGCUGUAACACCUAUGUAGAGAGAGAGGAUCUGUCCAACCUCUGUGUGAUGUGUACAGUGUGUACUGCAGACAACGGCCAGGCGUACGAGUUCUGCUGGCAGUGUAUGAAGCAGUGGAAAGGUCCCCAGGAGCGUUCUGACCACUGUGACAAUGAUGGCUGCAUCAACCAGGAUCUUGAACUGCUGAAGAACUGCAAAACCACCACUUUGACUGAGGUUCAGGGGGUCUCUGACUGCCCCUCCAUUCGUGCCUGUCCCACCUGUGGCCAACGGGUGGAGCACGACAAGACUGGUUGUAAGAAUAUUCUCUGCCCGAGAUGCAAUGUGGAGUUCUGCUUUGUGUGCCUGAAGCUCACAUCUGACUGCUUGGAGACCAGUUCAUAUUUCAUAGCCUGCUCUGAUGGUGUUGCCCCUAGGCAGACCUCUAUACCUGUGUGGUGUAGAAACUGAUAGAAAAAACACCCAUAUCUACAUACUGUAUUUCUUUUCUGCAUUGUUUUUGCUCUUCUAGAUUAUUUCUACCUUUACAUACGUUGGUGUACUGUUCGAGUGUCA